GUCCACAGGACAGAGGGAAAUACGAGCUCCACACAAUCACUUUAUUAGCCUGCUGUUGGCUGGUGUUAAUGUGGACGGUUAAACUGUGUGUGUGUGUGUGUGUGUGUGUGUGUGUGUGUUAGUCUCACACCUGUGUGACAGACUUAGGAGUUAGUUUAAGUGACUAACUCCUCCCAUCUGAAGGAGAAACCUUCACAGAUUUAAAGGGAUAUUCUGUCGUAGACUUAAUUUAGAGUCAAACCCACCGUAACACCGAGUUAGACCCCCCCUCCAGAGAUGAAUGUUGUCGACCGCUUCCUUCUCUAGUUAAACCAACUUUAGUAACGACCGCAGGAUAGAAAUACAGAGAGCCACGCCCCCAACCAAAACGCCACUCUAUAGCCACAAAUAAUGCUCAGAACAGCACCUAACUUCAUCAACAGGACAUAUAGGGUCACAGACAUAGUACUAUAUUCAGAGUUGUUCUAACUCCUAAGAAAACACAAACUUAAGCGGGGGCGUUUCUCCACUUCUGUAGUCUAUAAGCUGGGCCAAUAAACUUCUACUGUAGUAAAAUGAAAAGGUAAAGGUGUUUUUAUUGAGCCGAAUUAUCAAUAAAAUCAUGAUUUUGUUAACAGGUAUGGAUUUAUGUGCUGUUGAGUUAAUAUAUUUGAACAAGAGCACAGUAAAGUUAAAUCAGCUAAUUUUCCAAUGAGGUUCUGUUACUGAACGGAACUACACCAUAAUCUACUGAGGUUAGUACAUAUAGGGUCACAGCCAUAGUACUAGACACCAAACAUCUUUUUAACUUUGACUCAUUUCUUUAGCAAAGAGACUAAACACAACUCACCUACUCUCUUCCAGCAGACGCUUGUUUGUAAAGAGACCUCAGGCCAGUCCAUUACGGACUACAGCGGGGUGCCGCAGCUCAAGGAAGAACAUUUAUGAUCAUUUCUUCAUGGAAAUACAAUCAGACCGAGACGCUAAGACAGAAGAACUACAGCGUCUGUAAAAUGAUUAAUAUGGUGAUUAUUACUUCAAGGAAAUGAUGAAGAAAUGAUCAUAAAUGUUCUUCCUUGAGCUGCGGCACCCCGUGACAGAGUAUCUCUGAGAGGUUCAGGUUUAAACUAAAAAACAUGGAUGUGACCAAGAGCUCAGAGCGCUUAUCAUCAUCAUCAUCAUCAUCAUCAUCAUCAUCAUCAUCAUCAUCAUCAUCAUCAUCAUCAUCACCACCUCCUCUAACAGUGGUAUGAAAGAGAAACUCCUGCAGGGUUAGGGGGUUAGGGUCACUGAAGGUCUCUGCAGAUAAGAGGUUUUCGGGGGUUGGAGGGGUCGGCCCGGGUUCAGGGAAAACAUUGAUGGGAGAGAUGGGGGGGGGGGGUUACCAUGGAGGUCAGCAGGAGCCGCUUCAUGGAGCCGCUCCUUUGUCAGAGUCCAAGAGCUGAGCAGGGAUUAGGAGGAGAGAGGAGGAGAAGAGAGGAGAAGAGAAGAGAAGAGGGGGAAGCAGAGAUAAUGCCAUUUAGUCCUGUGUGUGUGUGUGUGUGUGUGUGUGUGUGUGUGUGUGUGUGUGUGUGUGUGUGUGUGUGUUCAUGCUGUGACCAUCACUCCCUUUGGUCCUCCUCUCCUGGUGUGAUGAUGCAGCAGAAUCUGCAGAAGAUGGAAGUUUAAACUCCUCCUUCAGACAGACGACAAAACCGCAGGAAUCAAACAGACCUGAUAGACUGGGGGGGGGGGGGGGGUAGAGAGAGAGAGAGAGAAAGAGGGGGAGAGAGAGAGAGAGAGUGAGGCGAGCUCAUGUUGGAGUGAUGGCGGUGAGAAUUGCUCGCUGCGUUUUGCUGCAGAUUCUCAUUAUCUUCAGCUGAGAGGGUGAGAAUGAGGACGAGGAGACAGAGAGGAGAGGACCGACCGAAUCCAUCAGAGCUGAUAGACAGGAGUAAUAACUGUCAAAGAGAGGGGGGAGAGGGAGGGAGAGAGGGGGGAGAGGGAGAGAGAGAGAAAGAGUUUGAAAUGGAGAUGUGCUUCAGGAGGAGAGAGCUAAAUCAGAGGGAGGAGAGCAGAGAGAGAGAAACCGAGGAAAAGUGUGUGUGUGUGUGUGUGUGUGUGUGUGUGUGUGUGUGUGUGUGUGUGUGUGUGUGUGUGUGUGUGUGUGUGCGUGUGUGUGUGUGAGAUAAAGAUGCCCCCCCCCCAUGUGCUGCAGAGAGGGUGAAACUUUGCAGAGAUGAAAAAUCUGCAGUGGAGUGUCUGAACUCUUCAACUCAGCGUUGGUAUUAAACCUCCGUCAGAGAGAGUCCAACCUGUGAGGAGGUUCUGCUGCUCUCCUGCAGUCAGGAGGAGGAGGAGGAGGAGGAGGAGGAGGUGAAAAACAUCAGUGUCUAUAGUUUUAUUUAAAAUACAUAAAUGAUGUUAAUGUUCAUGAUGAUCAGACAUGUGAGGAGACACUGUUGGACGUUCAGAGUUUCACUGAACUAAAACCUCCUUUUUAAAAAUAUUUUAUUUCACUUUUAUUUUAGAUUUAUUCCUG